UUUCCAGCUGGAUUCCCGUGGCUGUUUUGCGGGGCAGAAAGAAUUUUCUAAUCCGUCAUCAUUGUACCAAUUGUCUAUAAAAAUUAAUGUGCAAGUGAAGCUCUGCUUUCACAGGGGGGGGCUAUCAAUUUCCAAAUCACAGUUCAUGAGUACAAAAAAAGAAAUGAAUGACUCUGAAGAUUUCAAGGAAGGCCAAAAUAGAAGCGACGACCAAAUAGACGGCACCGGGAUGAGUCUAGGCAGCAAGAAGGGAGUCAGGGUGACGGGGAAAUAUGUGCAUCCAGUUGAUUGGAGCAGCAGAGGAGGCGGUCCAUCCAUCAUCCACACUCCCAUCGGUACCCCGAUGACUCCUAACACCCCCACGAUUAUCUCAAUUGGCCCUGUGCCUCACCAGCCCCCAGAGCAAGUUGAUGAUCCCUCAGUGGAUGAACCUGCUGCUGGGGGGGACUGGACCAGAGAGGAUUCAUCUCAGACCAGAGUGUCCUAUGGUGAAAUGGGUGUUCCGAGGCAGACCAUGGAGGAGCUGAAGACCAUCCUGAGGGACAGUCCCCUGCUCAGCAUCCGGGAAAGACAUGAGGGGAAACCAGGGAGUCCCUACACGUACCUCCAUGCAAGCAGCACUGGUGGUGGAGGGCCCAACGGACGUCAGGAUGAUGGAAGCUCUCACAGGGCGUUCAGCACCUUCAAACCUCACUCUGACGCUUCCAGAAGGGGGCCCAGGUCCAGAGAUAGCACAUCUAUUCAGCUGCCUUCCACCAUGGAUUCAUCCAGCUCGUUCAGGUCUAGUGCAAACACAAAUAGGCAGCCUGGAGUCAGGACCCACACAUAUGCGAGCGGUGGCUCCUGGGGAGAGACUGGAGGUUCUCAUUCAGAUAACGAAAAAGACACAAUCGAGAUCUCUGGGAACCAGAGGUUCAUUGCAGCCAUGGAGCAAAUUAAACAGCAAAUAGCGCGCGAGAACAUCAACUUCGUCCGCUUUGAGGCCACUGACCUCCACGGGGUGUCAAGGUCCAAGACAGUGCCUGUCCGCUUCUUCCAUGAGAAAGCACUAUAUGGGGUACCAAUGCCAAGAAGCUAUUUGGAGCUAACCCUGAGCCCAAAGAGCAAUGAAGUGGACCACGCCAACACUGCCAACUUCUGUAGUGAUGUCCUUUUGAUCCCUGACCUUUCGACCUUCAGGGCCCUACCCUGGGCUGAGCAAACAGCACGGGUCAUCUGCGACCCAUGCACCAUCACAGGAAACCCCCUUCGCACUUCGCCUCGCCUCAUUGCCAAGCAGCUUCUCGGCCAGCUCCAAAGCCUGGGUUUCUCUCUGCACUCAUCCUUCACCUACGAAUGCUGCGUACUAGGAGCUCCAGACCGGAUCGGACCAAAGACGCUCCUGUUUCCUGCCACCACCCUGCUCAGCAACCAUGACCUGCCUUUCUUCCAGCAGCUGGUGGAUAGCAUGUACUGCAUGGGGGCUGACAUAGACAGCAUGGCUUCUGCAAGUGGCCCUGGCCAGAUGGAGAUCAACCUGAGGCCGGAGUUUGGGAUUGCUGCCGCUGAUAGCGCCUUCACCUUCCGCACUGGCAUCAAAGAAAUGGCUCGCAAACACAGCUACAUUGCCAGCUUUUUCACUGACGAUGGUCUGUACAAUGCGGGUGUGCUCUCACAUAGCCUGUGGGAUGCUAAUGGGCGACGCAGUAUCUUCCACAGUGGAGAGAGAGCAGGUGAGCUCUCUGAGAUUGGUAGAAAAUGGCUGGCAGGCCUCCUCACCCACUCUGCUGCGCUGAGCUGCCUGAUGUCACCUGGCCUGGGCUGCAGGAGUCACAUUGCCAAAAGCAUCAAAGACCCCAAGCAGAUGCUGUAUGCCACUUGUGGCUGUAACGAUAACAGCAGCUCCUUCAACAUCAAGUGUCACGGUGGGAGGGAGACGCAUAUUGAUAACAAGCUGGGCUCAGCCAUGGCAAACCCUUACAUUGUCCUGGCAGCUACAGUGGCUGCAGGACUGGAUGGUAUCAGACGAAACCUGAAUGUCGAAAGCGGUCUGAACAAAGCCCCCUGUCAACAGAAGGAGUUUGCCAUUCCAGUAAAGCUUGACGACGCGCUGGAGGCAUUGGGGGAGGAUCAUGUCAUCCGCAGUGCCCUCGGAGAGCCUUUUAUUCAGUAUUUCAUUGCCAUGAAGAAGUUUGAGAUUGAGACCCAGGAACUGGAUGAUGAGAGGAACAAGUGCUUUGAGUAUUUCAUAUAGAAAGCCUCAAUUUAUUUCAGAUGAAACACAUUUCCUCCUGCCACACAAAUAAAAGCAUGGGAACCAGCUGCUUG